UCUCUAGAGAGGCAGGGCACGACUUGGAGACGCUUUGGUUCAGAGAGAGAGAGAGAGAGAACUGUGCAGCCGCUGCUGAAGCAGAGCGCAGGAGUUUUAUCCCAACUUCACUGCUGCAGGUCGUUGAGACACAGCGACCUUGUUCUCAGGGAAACAUUCCUGGGGGAAACAGUGCAAGUGAACACAUAGACACCAGUCACACACACACACAAGCACAAUGCAGGAGUCGGAGCCCACAGUCUGCCAGCUGCAGCCCAACAUCAUCUCAGUGCGCCUUUUCAAGAGGAAGGUUGGUGGUUUGGGCUUCCUGGUGAAGCAGAGGGUGUCCAAGCCGCCUGUCAUUGUGUCAGACUUGAUUCGCGGCGGAGCAGCAGAAGAGUGUGGCCUGGUGCAGGUGGGCGACAUAGUUCUAGCCGUCAAUAACAAACCCCUGGUAGACCUUUCAUAUGAGAGAGCGUUGGAGACUUUGAAAAAUGUGUCGCCUGAGAGCCAUGCCGUGCUCAUCCUCCGAGGACCCGAAGGGUUUACCACCCACCUGGAGACCACCCUGACCAGAGAUGGCCGCCAACGCACGGUGAGGAUCACCCGACCUGCCUUCCCACCCUCAAAGUCCUUCGAUCAGUGGUCUCCUCUCAGCGCGUACAGCCCCGGGCAGCAGCUCAACAAGGAGCCCCAGCUGAGGGCCAUUGAAAACCUGUCCUCUCCUUCCAUCACUCAAACGCUCUUGCAGAGGGGAGGGAUGCAGGGCCAGGAUGGUGGCCGCGGAGCUCUCCUGUGCAACGGGCUGGAAGAAAACAAUGACCUGCUUAAGGAGAUUGAACCGGUGUUACAUCUCAUCAAAAACAGCAAAAAGGAGAUUAACGGUGAAGGCCAGCGAAAUGCUGGGAGAAGAGAUGCAGAGAUUCAAGUGGCAUGGGACCUCGGUGUGGGAAAUGAGACAUCCAUCCAGCUGGGUUCGGAUAAUGACAGAAUGUCAGAACACGUGCCAGUGGCAGACCACAAUGCUGAUAUUGACAAGUCUACAGCCCAGGGCAGGAUGUCACCCAUUAAAUCUGUGCAGAAUGGCAGCCCCUCCAAAUGCCCUCGCUUCAUGAAGAUCAAGAACUGGGAGACGGGCGGUGUCUACAAUGAUGUCCUUCACCACAGCUGCAGUAAGAUGCCAAUCUGCAGUGAAAACGUCUGCAAUGGUUCUAUAAUAAUGCAAAGUCAGAGUGUUCGCAAACCAGAUGAGGUCCGAACCAAAGAGGAACUUCUUCCCCUGGCCGCUGACUUCAUUGACCAAUACUACACCUCCAUAAAAAGGUAUGGCUCCAAGGCCCAUGUGGACAGAUGGGAGGAGGUGACAAAAGAGAUUGAAGCUUCAGGAACUUAUCAACUAAAAGACACUGAACUGAUUUAUGGAGCCAAGCACGCCUGGAGAAAUGCUGCCCGAUGUGUGGGACGGAUUCAGUGGUCCAAACUACAGGUUUUUGAUGCCAGAGACUGCACAACAGCCCAUGGAAUGUAUAACUACAUCUGUAACCAUAUCAAGUAUGCCACCAACAAAGGCAACCUUCGGUCAGCAAUCACCAUAUUUCCACAGAGAACUGAUGGCAAACAUGAUUUCAGAGUGUGGAACAGUCAGUUGAUUCGCUACGCAGGUUACAAACAACCUGAUGGAGGUAUUCUGGGAGACCCUGCUAAUGUUGAAUUCACAGAGAUCUGUAUGCAGCUUGGAUGGAAAGCACCAAAAGGUCGAUUUGAUGUCCUUCCACUUCUGCUGCAAGCCAAUGGAAAUGACCCUGAGCUAUUUGAGAUCCCUGAAGACCUAAUUCUGGAGGUGCAUAUUGUACAUCCAAAGUAUGAGUGGUUCAAGGACCUGGAACUGAAGUGGUACGGCCUUCCAGCAGUUUCAAACAUGCUGCUAGAGAUUGGCGGUCUUGAAUUCACUGGAUGCCCCUUCAGUGGCUGGUAUAUGGGCACAGAGAUUGGCGUGAGGGACUUCUGUGACACCUCACGCUACAACAUUCUGGAGGAUGUUGCCAACAAGAUGGGCUUAGACACCAGGAAGACAUCUUCCCUUUGGAAAGACCAGGCACUUGUGGAGAUUAAUAUUGCUGUUCUCCACAGCUUUCAGACUUGUAAAGUGACCAUAGUGGACCAUCAUUCAGCCACAGAGUCCUUCAUGAAGCACAUGGAGAAUGAAUAUCGGGUGAGAGGAGGCUGCCCUGGAGACUGGGUGUGGAUUGUGCCUCCAAUGUCAGGAAGCAUUACUCCAGUCUUUCACCAAGAAAUGCUCAACUACCGUCUCACACCUUCCUUUGAGUACCAGCCUGAUCCUUGGAACACCCAUGUGUGGAAAGGAGUCAAUGGGACACCCACAAAGAAAAGAGCCAUCGGAUUUAAGAAGCUUGCCAAGGCUGUGAAAUUUUCUGCAAAGCUAAUGGGGCAAGCCAUGGCCAAGAGGGUUAAAGCCACCAUACUGUUUGCUACUGAAACAGGAAAAUCACAAGACUACGCCAAAACUCUCUGUGAAAUCUUCAAGCAUGCCUUUGAUGCCAAGGUCAUGUCCAUGGAUGAAUACGAUGUGGUGGACUUGGAGCAUGAGACGCUGGUUUUAGCUGUAACCAGCACAUUUGGCAAUGGAGAUCCACCUGAAAACGGAGAGAAAUUCGGAGCUGCCUUAAUGGAAAUGCGCCACCCAACUUCCAACACAGAGGACAGAAAGAGCUACAAGGUCCGAUUCAACAGCGUGUCUUCUUACUCAGACACUAGAAAGUCCUCCAGUGAUGAACCAGAGGCCAAGAUCAAUUUUGAGAGCACAGGACCUCUUGCUAAUGUCAGAUGUGACCCAAAUCAGACCCAGACAACCAACAGAGGGGGAAAAAAGAACUUCAGGUUCUCAGUGUUUGGCCUUGGCUCCCGGGCCUACCCACACUUCUGCGCCUUUGCCCACGCUGUGGACACGCUUUUUGAAGAGCUGGGGGGUGAGCGCAUCCUACGCAUGGGAGAAGGAGAUGAGCUGUGUGGCCAGGAGGAAUCGUUCAGAACAUGGGCCAAGAAAGUUUUUAAGGCUGCCUGUGAUGUGUUCUGUGUUGGUGAUGAUGUAAACAUUGAGAAGGCCAAUGACUCCUUGAUCAGCAACGAUCGCAGCUGGAAGAAGAGCAAGUUCCGCCUGACGUACACGGCCGAGGCCCCUGCGCUGACUGAAGCAUUAUACAGCGUCCAAAAGAAGAAAGUAUAUGGAGCAAUGAUGAUUGAAGCUCAAAACCUACAAAGUUCAAAAUCAAAUCGCUCCACCAUAUUAGUGAGGCUCGACACAAACAACCACGACAGCCUGCGCUACAAGCCUGGUGACCAUCUGGGCAUCUUCCCUGGCAACCACGAGGACCUGGUAACAGCACUCAUAGAUAAACUGGAGGAUGCUCCGCCUGUCAAUCAAAUCGUCAAAGUGGAGUUCCUGGAGGAGAGGAACACGGCAUUAGGUGUUAUAAGUAAUUGGACCAAUGAGACACGUAUUCCUCCCUGCACUAUCAACCAAGCUUUUCAGUACUUUCUGGACAUCACCACUCCACCGACCCCUGUGCUGCUGCAGCAGUUUGCAGCUCUGGCAACCAAUGACAAGCAGAAAAGAAAAUUAGAAAUCCUCAGUAAGGGUUUGCAGGAGUAUGAGGAGUGGAAGUGGUACAACAACCCUACACUAGUGGAGGUGCUGGAUGAGUUCCCCUCCAUCCAGAUGCCAUCGACUCUGCUGCUCACUCAGCUUCCCCUGCUGCAGCCUCGCUAUUACUCCAUCAGCUCUUCUCCUGAUCUGUAUUCAGGAGAGAUUCACCUCACAGUGGCUGUGGUCUCUUAUCGUACCAGAGGUGGGCAAGGACCUAUCCAUCACGGAGUAUGCUCAUCGUGGCUCAACAGGAUAGAGAAAGGAGAAAUGGUACCGUGUUUUGUCCGAAGCGCACCAUCAUUCCAACUUCCAAAAGACAACAAAGCACCAUGUAUCCUCGUGGGUCCAGGAACAGGCAUUGCCCCUUUCAGAAGCUUCUGGCAACAAAGACUAUACGACCUUGAGCAAAAUGGGAUUAAGUCUUGCCCCAUGAUCCUGGUGUUCGGUUGUCGACAGUCUGAGAUGGAUCACAUUUACAAGGAAGAGACUCUCCAGGCCAAGAACAGAGAAGUGUUCAAAGAUCUCUAUGCUGCGUACUCCAGAGAACCUGGCAAACCAAAGAAAUAUGUACAAGAUGUGCUGCGUGAGCAUCUGUCUGAAACUGUGUACCAGUGCCUGAGGAAGGAAGGAGGGCACAUCUAUGUGUGUGGGGAUGUAACAAUGGCAGGAGAUGUUCUGAAGACCAUCCAGCAAAUCAUCAAGCAGCAAGGUCAAAUGAGCAUAGAAGAUGCUGGAUUCUACAUCAGCAAGCUUAGGGAUGAAAACCGAUAUCAUGAGGAUAUCUUUGGGGUCACUCUGCGCACCUAUGAAGUCACCAAUCGACUUCGCUCAGAGUCCAUUGCCUACAUUGAAGAGAACAAAAAGGACUCAGAUGAGGUUUUCUGCUCAUAGGUCGAUGAAUGGAGGCUUUGCUGAACACAACCAGUCUGAAGGACACGGCAACACUGGUUAAAGAAUACUGUGCCAAUUUUUGUACUGUAAAAAAAGGGUUUUGUUUCUUUUUUAUAUACCACUUAAACAGUUCUGUUGGGCUCUGCAACUUUGUCUGUAGCAAGUUGGACAUGUUCUGUUCUGAUAUUGUUUUUGCUUGUUGAUGAUACUUCCAAAAAUUUGCAAAUUGAUCAUUAUGAUUCAUAAUGUGUGCAUUUAGUGUAAUGAACUGCCUCAUUGUGAAUGCAUGACAAAGAAAUUAAUAUAAUCAAGAAAUAUAAUAUACUCUGUGUUAUUGUUGCAGUUAAAAGGCUUUUAUUGAGGUUAUAUAUUUGCAAGAAAAUGUGCACCAUUGAUUUAAAAAAAGUUCUGUAUUAAAUUUGUCAACUUUACAUUUGGGAAUGUGUAGGGACUGGUAAAUCUGCUAUAUUUUUGGGGUUUUAUUAUCAAUAAAGGCUUAAGAAGACAAGGUUAAGACAGUGAAGCAUGUACAGGCAUGUUGAGAGACAAAAACAAGAAUAAUUUAUAAACAAGUUUGGUGUGUUGACAAAUUAAAAUUGUGAAAAUUGUGAUUUGGUCACAGCGUCAGUGAACGCAUCUACUAAUGUGCCACUGAGAGUUCAUCAAAAGGCAUCAGCUUCAGGGCAAGUGCUCUUUAGUGGGAUGUUCAUACUGUCAUAACAUUCAUAACUUUUUUAUGUCUCAGCUGGUGCUCUCCAAACAAUAAAAUCCAAGAGCUGCUCAGUUCUAAAUUCAAACAGAAAUAUGUUUAAAUCUUAAGAGCCUUGAACAAAUUUAAAUGUCUUUUAAUGUUGUGUGAACUAGGGUACAACGUAUCAAGCUUAUAAUUACAGUGAAGGCAAUUUGUUUUAUAAAGUACCCUUUAGAAUUACAAAUCAAUAAAGUAAUGCAAAACACGUAGGAUCAUGGCUUAAAAAUGUUGGCAUUUGUUGAAGGGUUCAAUAGAGUGCUUUAUGGAGAGGAUGUCACAAUCAAGAUUUUUUUGUUUUAUGAUAUUGAUCCAAGUAAUAUAAGAUUAAGUGUAUGUUGAUUCAGCAUCUCGGAUCCUUUUUACACAGAACUGAUUUGCACACUGCAUACCACAAUUACGAUAAAAUUAUCUCAAUCAAUGCAUGCAAACUGUAGGCACUUCAGCAGCUCUGGAAGUUUGUUGACGUGCUUGAAAACACCAACUAUAUUCCUCUUGGUAGCCUCCUUUCCUCCAUUGCUGGAAUGUGUGAGUGUGAAACAGCCCACACAUCCCCACACAACGUCUUACAUAAAUGUUUAUAUACUUGCAUUAUCACAUGUUCACAUAUUGUGGGCAUGGUCUUUGGCAGUUUCUCAUAUAUUUACAUCUUCUUGAUUCACAAAAAUGCUGGGCAUGCAACAUGGACUGUUCAGAUCCAUUCAAAAUUCAUCCAAUGUGCUGUAAGGCUAAGCAGUAAUAUCAGGCAAACAAACCUCCAAAGUAGAUAUACAAUGUAAAGCAAGUAGCUGUGAUAUGAGAUGGUAUAUCUUAUCAUACCAUACCAACUUUAUUUAUGAAGCACUUUUUAUGGCAAGACCAAAGUGCUACACACAAUCACAAUCUUGUGAUUAUUUUUUUCUUUCCAGCAUAAACGGCAUCAACGAUCAUCAUCUCCAUCCUAAAACUAUAUUUCCCAUCCUUGAAAUAGUUUGGUCAGUUACCUAUUUUGCUGUCUUUUUCUGGGAUACUGCAGCCUCCUGGAAACAUACCCCUUUUAGUUUCCUUUACUGUGUUGCUUUACCUUACUUGCUUGCAAAAUUAGCUGAAAGAAGUUGGGAAGCGCCACAGCAGCUGCAAAUAUUUGUAGAGAGGCAGAGGUAUGGAGCAUUUACCAAUGUCAAAGCUUAAGCAGCAAAAGAAAAACAUCAGCUUUCAGGAAUGGGGGGUGGAGUUAUUUACUUUGCAGAACUUUAGUAUAAUCGAGACAAUUUAGACAAGUUUGGCACAUUUAAUUAUCUGAUAAAAUGCAGAUAACAUUUUGGUAAUGGUGACUGAGAUUGUUACUAAAUAAAAGGCAGUUUGGUUUUAGUAUAGAACAGGUACUGUAGAAUAGAUUCUCCAUACCGAGAAAAUCUGUUUCCACAUUACCAAACCAGAAAACUCACCUCAUGUGAACAGCUUUUAAUUUUUUUACACUUUAGCUUUUGUACAGACCAAAAAUUCAAAAUGUAACAUAAUGAGCUUUAAAUGUGCUUUUGGGAAGAAUUCACUACUUUUUUUAAGAGUGCCAAUUUAUGUUUUUAAACUUUUUGCUGAGCUAAUUGCAUCCCAGCUGUAGCAUUAUAUUUACUCAAUUAUCAGCAAGCUGGAGAGCAUUUUCCCUCAAUGCUGUUUUCUCAAGAAUUAGCUGCCUCAUAGCUAAACAUUAAGGAAAGUAAAUGAUGCUGCCCUGAUCAUAUCCGACAGCUGUCGACUUGCACAUUCAUCACCAAUGAAGCUUUUAAAGAAAAAUGCAGAAAAUGCAUUUGCAGCAUCUUUACUUGUCUGCCUCUUGCCUUACAUUACCUCUUUGCCAACAUUUGGUACAUUCAUUCACUCAUUCACUUGGCUUUUUGCAUGUUUUCCUGUGGCUUAAGUGAGACCCCUCUCUCACUGGAAACUAAACCCGGUCUUGUUGUCAGCAUGUGUACUUGCCUGCCUACUUGUGCUCCAAAUUAUCUCCUGUGCACAUCUUUGAGUGGAUGUAAUCGAGCUUGAUCUCAGGUAUGUUUGUUCAUUCCUCCUGUUGUUUCUUUCACUGUUCAUUUAAAAACAAUACAAAAAAAAAACAAAAACACAAAUCUCAAACAUGGACUUGACAUUUGCACGAGCCUGCAAAUUUGAGGUUGCAGAUGGUGUUUUGGUAGCAGGAAACUGCCCACGUGGAUUUUAGCGAUGAUCUCAGCAGGACAGUCCAAUUGUUCUCCGUUCUAAUUAAGGCUUCUGGUCAGAGAAAAGAGAUCAUCCCACACUGGCUUUGGUCAUUUGCUGCUCUAGUCUGAUUUGAAUUUAAAAAAUAUUGUGCAAGCGCCAAUAAUUUUUUUUUUAAAUCUUCUUUUAUGACUCACUUUGCAUUAACAUGCUUUUUCUUUAUCUUCUUAGUCCUGUGUAUUAAUUUCUGUAUCUUCUACUCAAAUUAACGAUGGCAUGAUUAAAGGAUUUAAACUGA